CCUAUUGUCCCCCUCAGGCACUAGAGAAACUGAGCAGUCAGCCUGUCGUAGGGAAUCAUAGGGAAAAGCAAACACACAGUUCAGUGACUCACGUCCUCCUAUCUCUCUCUCUCUCCUCUUUCUGAGAUGGGGUUGAUAGUCAGUGACAAAGAGCAGGCAAGUCGGUGUCUUAUUAACCCUGUCUUCCCAUGACGCAGGUGCUGGCUGGAGGGCAAAAUCUGGACGCUUCACCAUAAAGUGUCUGUUGGAUAGAGGCUGUGAUCUGGACGGACACAGGAGACAGAGCGGCAUCUCUCUAGCAAUAGGACAGUACCUCUGCAGGUGUUCACAAGGGUGGUCCCUCUGCUGCCAUCAUGGAGUGCGGGCUAUGGAGGUGGCUGGAUGAGAAAAGGGGCUCCAAAAACAUGGUCCUUGUGGUGGUUUCGGUAGCUCUUCUCCUGGAUAAUAUGUUAUUCACAGUGGUUGUUCCUAUCAUUCCCAGUUUCCUCUACGAGAAAGAACACAAGAACGGAAACACGUUUGUGGCUUCUUUAUCUUCUUCCAACUCUUCCUUUACAACCAUUUACUCCUUCUACGACAACAACACCAUCUCAAGCGGCCUCUCAAAUCAUCCAGAGAUGGCAAACAAGACUAAGGAGGCCCCCCAAAAUAGUAGCUGCAACAAAGAAUCACAUGUCCUACAAAAUGAGAAUGUGGAAGUCGGUCUUCUGUUUGCAUCCAAAGCGAUACUCCAACUUCUAGUCAACCCUGUGGUAGGACUCAUCACCAACAGGGUUGGAUAUGACUUGCCAAUGUUCUGCGGAUUUGUUUUGCUGUUCUUAUCUACUUUAAUCUUUGCCUUUUCUGGCUCAUACGGAGUGAUGUUCUUUGCCCGAUCACUGCAGGGAGUUGGAUCCUCAUUUUCCAGCGUUGCAGGUUUGGGAAUGCUCGCAAGUGUAUAUACCGAUGACUAUGAAAGGGGACGAGCCAUGGGCAUUGCGCUGGGAGGCCUGGCAUUGGGUGUGCUCACUGGUGCGCCCUUUGGGUCAGUCAUGUACGAAUUUGUUGGGAAAGCUUCUCCGUUCUUGGUGUUGGCUGCUCUGGCACUGCUAGAUGGAGCUUUACAACUCUUUAUUCUACGUCCCUCUAAGUUUACACCAGGGAGCGUUCAACCUACGCCCUACUUAGCACUCCUCAGUGAUCCUUACAUUCUCGUAGCUGCAGGGGCUCUUGCCAUUGCUAAUAUGGCUGUUGGAGUUAUGGAACCCACCCUCCCCAUAUGGAUGAUGGAAACUAUGUGCUCACCCAACUGGCAACUAGGUUUGGCUUUCCUACCGGCUAGCAUCUCGUACCUUCUAUGCACCAACCUAUUUGGCACUCUGUCACACAAGAUGGGGAGGUGGUUGUGCACAUUUGUUGGAAUGUUAAUCGUGGGAGUCAGCCUAAUCUGUGUUCCACUAGCUGUCAACAUAUAUGGUCUUAUUGGUCCUAAUGCUGGCAUUGGCAUUGCCCUAGGAAUGGUUGAUGCAUCAAUUGUGCCCAUCAUGGGACACCUAGUAGAUCUACGUCAUACAUCUGUGUACGGUGGGAUAUAUGCCAUCACGGACAUUGCUCUUUGCUUGGGAUUGGCAGUGGGACCUGCCACUGGUGGAAUUAUUGCAAAGGCCAUUGGAUUCCCCUGGUUAAUGGUGAUCAUUGGAGUCUUGAACAUUCUAUACGCUCCUUUCUGUUUCUUUCUCAGAUGCCCACCAGCCAGAGAAGAGAAAAUGGCUAUCCUAACCCAGGAAUGUCCUAUGCAAACCAAGACCUAUAUGGCUCAGAGCAAUACUUCGGAUCUACCACUAUCUGACCACAGUAGUGAGGAGGACCUAAGGAUCCCCCAGAACAGGACCAUGAGGAUCCCUCGCUGACACUGUCACAUACAGGACCCUGCGGACUGUUGCCAUGUUACACAUUGCCCCGAUUUAUCAGGUCCUUGCAAAAUAAACACUAUUUGGACUGCA